ACAACUAUCCUAGCACCCAAACACAAAAACCCUUGUACGCCUCCUCUAUAUACACCAAUAUACAUAUAUAACCCUUUACAUCCGGCCGCCCUUGCUUCCUCCAUAACCUCCGAUCUUAUUUAUAUUUUUUUAUCUCAAUCAAUUUACACACUCUCAAACACACAAAAGUUCAGAUUGAAAUCAAAUGGCGAGCAACGAUCCAGAGCACAGAGAGGAAGAGGAAACCGCACCAGCAGAAGACGAAGAUACCGGAGCUCAAAUCGCUCCGAUCGUUAAGCUUGAAGAAGUUGCCGUUACUACUGGUGAAGAAGAUGAAGAUGCUAUUCUCGAUCUGAAAUCGAAGUUGUAUCGAUUCGAUAAGGAAGGAAACCAGUGGAAGGAAAGAGGUGCAGGUUCAGUUAAGUUUUUGAAGCAUAAGAAAACUGGCAAAGUUCGUCUUGUUAUGCGUCAAUCCAAAACCCUAAAGAUCUGUGCCAAUCAUUUAGUUAUUCCUACCAUGACUGUCCAAGAACAUGCUGGUAACGAUAAGUCAUGCGUGUGGCAUGCUUCUGAUUUCUCUGAUGGUGAACUUAAGGAUGAGCUCUUUUGCAUCAGAUUUGGAUCAGUUGAGAAUUGCAAAAAGUUCAUGGAAACUUUUCAAGAGGUGGCCGAGUCACAACAAAGCAAGGAAGAGAACAAAGAUGCUUCAGCUGCUGCUGGACUUCUAGAGAAGCUUAGUGUUGAAGAUAAAAAGGAAGAGGUGGUGAAGGAGGAGGUACCUGAAAAAGUGAAGGAGGCAACACCUGAAAAGGUCAAGGAGGAGGAACCUGAAAAAGCAGCAGCUGAUUCAGCAAAGAAAGACGAGUGAUGGUGGUUGCAGGUGUUGUAACAUUAUCAUCUCUUGGUAGGUUUAAGUUUCCGAGAGGUGAAAUGCAAUGUGUCCCAAGUUGCAGGAGUGAAGUCGGUCUGUCGGGUCUGGGUCUUGGAUUUGUGUGAAGGUUAUGAGUUGGUCGGUCGGUCGGUCUAGUUCUUUUUUGGGGCGUCAUUAGUAUUGUCGGGUAUAGAUAUAUGGAGUUUUACAGAUGCUAUUUGUACAUCUGUUGGGAAAUUGGUUUUCAGUUGAUGCAUAUCAGCAUACGUCUGUUAUUCGCUUUUGCAAUUAUGAUUGGAGUCAUUUUGAAAUAUUGGAUUUAAUUUAGUUUAUUAUAUUGCGUUCUA